UUACCUCAAUUUUCAUCCAAGCAACACCAAUCCAACCCAAUCAAUUAACUUAAUCAUGUCAACACUCAACACUACUCAAUUCCUCUUUCCUUCCUCCAUAAUCAAUUCAAUUCACGUUAUCUUUUUAUGGCAUCAUUUCCUUGUGCUUCUGCUGCUCUCAUUACAACUCUUAAGCUCCAACCACAAUUCAAAACACACCCACCAACCUCCCUUCCCAUAGAAAAGAGUCAGAGCAUUUCUUUGCAGAAAAGCAACUACUUCACGGAUUUGGAUCCCAAGAAUCUUGAUUUUCGUGAAACGAUCUCAUUGACAAAACAAAUGACAGAGCUGGACUCAUCUUUCUAUUUUCCCCUGUUGCAAGAAUGCUUAGACAGGACAUCUUUCCUGGAUGCACAAGUUAUUCAUGGUCAUGCCAUUAAAACAGGAGCGCACCAAGAUGUUUUCUUGAUGUCAUUUCUGGUCAAUGUUUAUGCUAAAUGUGGUCGCAUGGAAGCCGCACGCAAAGUAUUCGACAAAAUGCCAAGGAGAAAUGUGGUGGGUUGGACUACAUUGAUGGUGGGUUAUGUGCAGAAAAUGCAGCCAGAGAAUGCUAUUUAUGUGUUCCAAGAGAUGUUGUAUGCAGGGAGUUAUCCUUCCAAUUACACACUUGCCGUAGCUGUAAGCGCUUGUACAUCAAUGCGAUCAGUUAAGUUAGGGAAUCAGUUCCAUGCUUACAUAAUCAAAUACCAGAUUGAUUUUGACACUAGCAUUUGCAAUGCACUUUGUAGUUUAUACUCCAAAUGUGGCAAAUUGAAAUUAGCUCUCAGUGCAUUUAGGAGAAUCAAGGAAAAGAAUGUUGUUUCUUGGACUGCUGCUAUUUCUGCUUGUGGGGACAAUGGUGACCCCAUGACGGGUUUAAGACUUUUCGUUGAUAUGCUUUCUGAGGACACACAGCCUAAUGAGUUAACUUUAUCCAGUGUCUUGAGCCAGUGUUGUGAGAUUCCAUUAUUAGAACUCGGGACUCAAGUUCAUUCGCUGUGUGCUAAAUUAGGAUACCAGUCGAAUCUGCGUAUAAGGAAUUCUUUAUUGUAUUUGUAUCUCAAGUGUGGUUGCAUUGAUGAGGCACAAAUUUUGUUUAGCGGAAUGGAUGAUGUUAGUUUGGUUUCAUGGAAUGCAAUGAUUGCUGGGCAUGCACAAAUGAUGGAGCUCACAAAGGAUAAUAUUUCUGCUUGCCACUAUGGAAUUGAAGCACUCAAACUUUUCUCUGAGUUGCAUCGGUUUGGCAUGAAGCCGGACCUGUUUACCUUCUCAAGUGCCUUAUGUGUCUGUAGUAGGAUGGUGGCUUUAGAGCAGGGGGAACAGAUUCAUGCUCAGGCCAUCAAAAUUGGGUUCCUAUCGGAAGUGGUAGUGGGGAGUUCACUGAUUAAUAUGUACAAUAAAUGUGGAAGCAUUGAGAGGGCAAGCAAAGCAUUUCUAGAGAUGUCUACUAGGACUAUGAUAUCAUGGACUUCCAUGAUUACAGCUUUUUCACAGCAUGGUUGGUCUCAGCAAGCGUUGGAGCUUUUUGAGGACAUGAAACUAACAGGAGUUAGACCAAACGCAGUCACUUUUGUUGGGGUUUUAUCCGCUUGUCGCCAUGCUGGCAUGAUCAAUGCGGCACUCACUUAUUUUGAGAUUAUGCAGAAGGAGUACAAAAUCAUGCCUGUGAUGGACCAUUAUGUUUGCCUUGUUGAUUUGUUUGUGAAGUUUGGACGUCUAGACGAAGCUUUCAAUAUGAUUAAGAAAAUGGAUUUCGAGCCUAGCGAGUAUAUCUUGUCAAACUUGGUAGCAGGUUGCCGAAGCCAUGGUAAUCAGGAGUUGGGGUUUCAAGCUGCCGAGCAGUUACUAAGUCAUAAACCGAAAGAUAUCGAAACAUAUUUGUUGUUAUUGGAUAUGUACCAUUCUGUAGAGAGAUUUGAGGAUGUUUCUAGGGUGAAGAAGAUAAUGAAGCAGGAAAAAGUUGGAAAAUUAAAUGAUUGGAGUUGGAUCAGCAUCAAAGAAACAGUAUAUUCAUUUAAACCGAAUGACAAGGAAUUCCCUCAGAGUUCUCUAGUUUAUGAAUCAUUGAAGGUUUUAAUUUUCAAAGCAAAGAAUCUUGGAUAUGAGAUGCUAGAAACUAUGGAGAUAAGUGAAGAAGACAAGGAAGAAGAAGAAAAAAUAACAUCAACUUCCAUUUAUCACAGUGAGAAGCUGGCAAUUACAUUCGGAUUGGAGAACUUGCCGAGUUCCUCGCCGAUACGAGUAGUGAAGAGUACCUUAAUGUGCAGAGAUAGCCAUGAUUUUGUUAAGUAUGUAUCAACACUGACUGGUAGAGAAAUCAUUAUCAAAGACAGUAAGCGGCUUCAUAAAUUUGUGAAUGGACAAUGCUCAUGUGGGGAUUUCGGUGUUUUAUUCUGAUUUUCCACUAAGCAGCAUCAGAUCUUUUUAGCAUAAAAAUUUAUACAUUUAUUUUUUGUACACUUAUACACUUGCUAAUAGCACGUUGCUGUUUGUAGGUUGUUAUUACAACUUCAGGCUAUGAAUGAAAAGUUUUCACUAACUGGCUAACU